AUGGAGGACGGGACGGGGCUUCAGGCCUGUGGGGUGGCCGAGGGGGUUCAAACGGUGCUGCCGCUCCUUUUACGUGAGCUGGAGGACGCGCGUGAGCGCGCCGGGCCUUGGGGACCGCUGCUAGCGAGGGAUGCGCGUUCUCGUCUGCAGCUGGUGGAACCCGAACCGUGGCUGCGAGUGAGGGCGGCGCGCUCGCGUCUGCAGCUGCUCCAGCCCAAGCCAGUGGGCAGCUCCGGGCUUGCCAGGGCCGGCGGCCAGAUUGGUGUUCUUCGGGAUGCAUGUGCCAAGUUCUUGGAGGAGCAACUUGAUCCUUGUAACUGCUUAGGAAUCCAGCGCUUUGCUGACACCCAUUCUCUCAAAACACUCUUCACAAAAUGCAAAACCUUUGCAUUACAGACUUUUGAGGAUGUGUCCCAGCAUGAAGAAUUUCUUGAGCUUGACAAAGAUGAACUUAUUGACUAUAUUUGUAGCGAUGAACUUGUUAUUGGUAAAGAGGAGAUGGUUUUCGAAGCCGUCAUGCGUUGGGUCUAUCGUGCAGUUGAUCUGAGAAGACCGUUGUUACACGAGCUCCUGACACAUGUCAUCACUGGCCUCCUUGGUAAAGUAUAUGUUGUUGGAGGCUACGAUGGGCAAAACAGACUUAGCAGUGUAGAGUGUUAUGAUUCCUUCUCAAAUCGGUGGACUGAAGUUGCUCCCCUUAAGGAAGCAGUGAGUUCCCCUGCUGUGACCAGCUGUGUGGGCAAACUGUUUGUGAUCGGUGGCGGACCUGAUGAUAAUACUUGUUCUGAUAAGGUUCAAUCUUAUAAUCCAGAAACCAAUUCUUGGCUCCUCCGUGCAGCUAUCCCAAUUGCCAAGAGGUGUAUAACAGCUGUGUCCUUAAACAAUCUGAUCUAUGUUGCUGGUGGACUGACCAAAGCCAUAUAUUGUUAUGAUCCAGUUGAAGACUACUGGAUGCAUGUGCAGAAUACAUUCAGCCGACAGGAAAACUGUGGUAUGUCUGUGUGCAAUGGUAAAAUAUAUAUCCUGGGUGGAAGACGGGAGAAUGGAGAGGCCACAGACACUAUCCUGUGUUACGAUCCCGCGACAAGCAUCAUCACAGGUGUGGCUGCCAUGCCCAGGCCCGUGUCCUACCACGGCUGCGUGACCAUUCACAGAUACAGUGAGAAGUGCUUUAAGCUCUGAAGCCAGGCUACCUCACCAAGGAGCUGCGCCACGCCAAGAUGAGAGAGGUUUUGAAACUCCAGAGCAGGAAUUUACCUCCUCCGUGCCCUAUGCAAAGAUAGUAAAAAUAUGAUCCCGGUGCCUUCCUCCCAGAAAUGUCAAUCUUGCAAACUGUAAUAAACUUUUCCUGUAAUUGAAAACAGUGCUUCUUGUUAAGGGUAACAGCAGUUGUUGCUGGGCUUUUGGGAGUGUACCUGUACCUUUGUAAAUAUUUGUAGGAGCUUGUGGGGAGUAGGAAACAAUGUCUGCGCACUGUCCAGGAACCUAUGAAAGGGCUCCUCGCACGUGCGUACCUCAGCUACAGGACUGUUCCUUAGGCAGAGAAAAGUGCAGGAUUGAGGU